UACAUGUGUAUUUAGUUUGAACAUUUCCUCUUGAAUCUGAACAAAGAAAGAAUAUUCGUAUAGUAUGUAUACAAUACUGUAUUUAUAAACAAAAUACACUGAUGAUGAACAUAACCUUAAAAUUGCCCUUCCCAAUAAUUCGAUAGAAUGUUGUUGCAAGUUAAAUUGUGAUCAAUAUUACAAAAAUGGCAGGUAGUAUGAGGCAAUUAGAAGAACGACAACUCCCAGCUGAAGUAACAAAGAUGCAGUGGUCCCCAAAAAUGGAUCUUUUAGCAAUCGCAAAUGUCAAAGGAGAAGUUACAUUGCAUAGAUUAACGUGGCAAAGAGUAUGGUUGUUAAGUCCUCAAGAAGAAUCUGAUACUAUAGUAAAUUUAGCAUGGAGACCAGAUGGAAAACUUCUAGCCAUUUGUUAUGAAACUUCUAAAUUAAUAUGUCUUGUAGAUAUUGAAAAUAAAAAUAUUAUACAUAGAACAAAACUAAUGUUACACAAUGCAAUUACAUGCAUGAUGUGGUUACCAUUAACAAAUUUAGAAAAUGAUAAUUUACUGAAUGGUAACAAAGCAAAUAUGUUACCAACUGGAGAAUAUCUUCCACCUUUACCUAGUUUAAACAGAAGUUUUGGUCAAGAACCAGAACGCAAAGAAUUUUUAUCUCAAACUUUAGAUGUACUUUUUCUUGGUUUAGAUGAUGGUAAUGUUGCAAUGUAUGUAUUUGGAAUGUUCUAUUGUGGCACAAUUUCUGUUGGUCAUGGUCAAAUAUUAGAAAUUAGUGGUGGAUUUGGAAAAUCAAUGUGGAUCACAUGGAAAGAUAAUAGUGGCAUCAAAGCAAGUAGAUUAUGGUGUCCAUUACUGGAACAAAGCACAGCAUUCUUAAAGGUAGCACAAGCUCAAGCUAAUAUUGAAUACCUAAUGGAUUAUCUUUCACGUACAUUAAUGGCAAUCUCUGAAGCAUGGGAAACAAUUCUCUUAGAAAUGGAUGAAAAGCUUGCACGAUAUGCAGAAACAAAUCCACCUGGUGGAGUUGCUGCAGAUUUUCUAGAAUUAUUGAUGAUUGGUAUACCCACUCAAAAUUUAGAAAAUUUUUUGUUGCGUGAUUUGACUGAAAAGGGUUUAAAGAAAUUGGGGCACAGUAUUGAGAUGUGCUAUAGUAAUAUACAGAAAUUAGUCUUGAAAAAUUUAACUAGUGUUGGAAUGGCUUUAGUAUAUCAAUUAGCGGAAAUGAGAGGAAUGGUAAGAUUGGGUGGUCCAUAUGAAUUAUUGGGACUUACUGACGAAAAUAUUAUAACUAAUGCUCUUCAUGCAUCAGAAGCUUUUUUAGCAAAAUCUUCUGAAAUUCAGCAAGUAAUAGACCAUAGCAUGCGAGAUUAUAAAGCAUUUUUCCGGUGGUUGUAUGUUGUAAUUUUAAGGCUAACAGAUGAAAGAAUACCAUCUGAAGUAAGCCGUGUCAGUCAACAAGAAUUAACUUUUAUUGCUGAAUUUUUGCGUGGUUUUGAUAAAACUGAACCCGGCGUUGGGGGAAGAAAAGGAGUAAAUUUAGAAAAAUUAGGUCAAUACUUAAGACGUGAAAAUUUACAAACUUGCUUAACGCCCGAAGGUAGCGAGUGGGCUGCUAUGCUCGAUGAAAAUCAUUGUCUUCGUGAUCAUCCACUUAUUGUGAAACAAGAUUUAAAUUAUUCUUUAUUACAAUCCCAUACAAAAUUGAUUACUGCUGUACAUAAUGUUUUUCGUGAAGCUUAUCAAGGGUUAGUUGAACAUUUUACCAUAUCAAAUAUUGCUUUAGCCCCAUCUAUGGGGUUUACCUCGUCUCAAAUGGCAACAAAUGAUGAUGGAUUGUUAGUAGCUACAUGUGAUAUGGACCAUAAAAUAUUACGACUAUUUAAAGUUGAAUGUUUAUGUACAGAACCUACUUCUCUUAGUUUUAAAUUGGGAACCAUAAAUAUAGAUCAUAGAUCAGAAUCCUGUUCUAAAACCUACAUGGAUUGUACUGUAGUUGAUCUACAAUUUUACUCUAAUGAAUAUCUCAGCUUAUUGUUACAUAACAAACAAACACAUGCAUCGUAUCUUGUACAGUUACCAUUAAAUUACGUUCGAAUUUUUGAAAACCAAGAUAAAAAUGUAAUUAGUUUAACAGAUCUUUUAGGUAAUAGUUGGCCAAGACCUUUUCAAGGUAUAUCUGCAAAAAGAAUAGCAGUCACUGGUGCACGCAAAAUAGCUGCUGUUUUAAGUGAAAGUAAUAGGAAAAUAAGAUUAUUAGAAACUGAAGUAGAACCCGAAGAUGAGGAAGAUGAAGAUGAUGAAGAAGAUGGAACUAAUGAUAGUAUGUUAGAUACUACUCAUGGAAUACCUACAAGUUCCCAAUAAACUUAUAUGCUUAAUAAUUAAAAUUAACGUAACUGAAAAGAUAUUUAU